CCGAGUCUGAGGCGGGGCUCGCUCCCGCCGCGGUGGGGCCGCGGAGGCGCCGCCGAUGCCGCUCCUGGCCGGGUCCCUGCGGCGGGCGGUGGCCGUGCUCUCGUUGUCCGUGGUGCUGUCGGCCCGGAGCGCUGCCCAGCGCCGCCCGGCACACAGUAACUCAUCUGCAAACUGUUGGUCCCAUCUUCAUCCUGUGAACAUGUUCAACAGUUACAAUGAUAAGUUCUACCACAGCAAAGCUCUCACCUCCCCAUAUCCAGGAUCACACGUUGAGCGUAGCCAAGUUCCUGAAGAUAAAGUGGGCUGGCUGACGGAAUGGAAAGAUUAUAAUCCUGUGGAGUACACUGCAAAAUCUGUUUUGGCUGGACCCAGUUGGGCAGAUCCCCAAAUCAGGUGAGUGGAAAUGGUGACUCUUUUCUUCUAUGAACAUGGAAGCAGGGAAUAGUGACAACCUGAGUUAAGAAGAGCAUCAGCUUAAGUGAUGUGUGAUUUUGCAGUGAUAUGUGAAAGUCAAGUCUAAGAAAAGUGUUGGUUAGAGAACUGAGUUGUUUGGGUUAGCUGUGAAGGUCUUUGACACAUGAUUUUACUGAGCUGUUGAUGCUGUGCAGUGUUUC